ACGCGCGUAACACCGCAGACGUCAAACUGUGUAGAAACGGUGGUGGAGAGGUCAUUGAAUUUAUCAGGCAUCUCGAGCUGCAUAUUCUGUUUUUGAUUUUGAUAAAGACAGAACGGAGAAGAGAAAGGAUGUCUGGGGAUUUGCCGCUGAACAUCAACAUUAAGGAGCCACAGUGGGACCAGAGUACGUUUAUGGGCAGAGCUCAGCAUUUCUUCACAGUGACUGACCCAAGAAAUGUGCUGCUCUCCAAUGAGGUUCUGGAGGGUGCGCGAGUCAUUGUGGAGGAUUACAGGAAAGGAAUUGUGAAACCAGGCCUGACAGAGGAUCAACUAUGGAGGGCCAAAUACAUCUAUGACUCUGCCUUUCAUCCUGAUACUGGUGAGAAGAUGCUGCUGAUUGGUCGCAUGUCUGCACAAGUGCCAAUGAACAUGACCAUCACAGGCUGCAUGCUCACAUUCUAUAGGACAACUCCUGCAGUUGUGUUCUGGCAGUGGGUCAACCAGUCCUUCAAUGCCAUCGUCAACUACACAAACCGCAGUGGAGAUGCACCAAUCUCUGUAAAUCAGCUUGGAGCAGCCUAUGUCAGUGCUACAACUGGAGCUGUAGUUACUGCUCUUGGCCUCAAAUCCCUAACCAAGCACCUGCCAGCUAUUAUCGGCCGGUUUGUUCCAUUUGCUGCAGUGGCAGCAGCAAACUGCAUUAACAUUCCCUUCAUGAGACAACGGGAACUGAAGUAUGGUAUUCCUGUCACUGAUGAGGAGGGUAAUCGCCUGGGAGAAUCUGCCAGUGCUGCUCAGCAGGCCAUUAUACAGGUGGUGGUGUCCCGAAUCGGCAUGGCAGUACCAGCCAUGGCUAUUCCUCCGGUUAUCAUGAAUGCCUUGGAGAAAAAAGCUUUCAUGAAGCGCUUCCCAGUGCUCAAUGCCCCAGUACAAGUUGGGCUUGUGGGAUUAUGUCUGGUGUUUGCUACUCCGUUGUGCUGCGCCCUAUUCCCACAGAAGAGCUCUAUGAAGCUGAGCAGGCUGGAGCCUGAGCUGCAGGAGAGUAUACGACAGAGCAGUCCUAACACAACCGUGGUUUAUUUCAACAAGGGCUUGUAGAGAACUUUUCUUCAAGUCCAAACGGCUGUCUGUAUUUUGCUGAGUUCAGUGGACACAACUUGAAGAGUAAAUAUCCAGUUUCUUUUUUUUGUUUUAGUUUUCUGUUUAAAAAUGAAGUGUGUUGCAAAACCUGCACUUUCCCUCAAGAUAACAUGCAGUCCUGACUGAUGUUUAUCUAAAGCAGAUGAUACUAUGAGGAUGUUGGAGGAUUUUUAUUACUGCUGCAUUUAUGAUCUGACCCCUUAUGUGCUAAUAUAAAUGUGUGGAGUCCCAAAUUAUUUUUUCACGUGAAUUCUAUUUAUCAUUAUUUAUUUCUAUUUGCAAAAAUACUUGACGUGUGUAUUUGUUAGUGUGUUUAGACCUACAAUAUUUAUACCUAACUUUCCAGACCAAACAUCUGUCCACAGCUUAAUGACAAGAAAUGGCCUAGAAGAAUCAAUUUUGAGUCGUGGGAUUAUUUUUAGCUAGUUUAAAAGGUUUUAUCUCCAGUAUGUGCAAUUGAAGUGCUCUUAAUCCUUACAGAACUGACCUAAUAGACUCCAGUGGAUAGGAAAGUUGAGAUGUAUACACACUUCUUUAUCAGUACGUUUACGUGGACAACAAUAAUCUGAUAUUAACCCGGUGAAGACAAUACUCUGAUUAAGAAACUAUCAUGUAAACAGUGAUUAUUGAUGACCUUAAUCCCUCGAAAGUCAUACUUGAAGUAAACACAAAUCGAAUUAAGACGUGGAGUAUUCCUGUUUUAGUCGCAUUAUCGAGGUGUAUUACAGACAUGUAAACACCUUAAUCACAUUAUUAAUGUUAUGUGGGAGUUUUCAACACAUUUUGCGACAUAACACGAUCACACACAGCAGAGCUCAACCGUUUGAUGGCAAACGAGAGCACGGCCGUGUCCGAAACCACGUACUUACCUACUAUAUAAGGAGGUUAAAUACACGUAUUUCAGCUACUAUAUAGAUGGUAAGUACGCGGUUUCGGACGCAGCCCACGGCUUCAAGCAGUCGUCUAUUUGCACAUGCAGCAUGACAAAUUAAUUAACCGCACUUGAAGAUUUCGUAAAAUUAAAAAUGAAACACCCAAAACUGUAUACGGUACCAUAACGAAGACCAACUGUAUGUUGAUACGUGAAAUUCAGGAGGGAACGUCGGACGGUGUUAAUUGAUCUAUGUUCUAUAACAUGUAAAACAGGAACAUGAAAGGAAUAUUCUAAAAUCGACUCAUGUAAAUACUAUAAUCAAUAUUGUCUUAUUCAGAAUAAGGUCAAUAAUUAGAUUACUGCUGUCCAUGUAAACGUUGUCUAUAAAUGCAUCCAGAUCUAAACUUUUUGGUGAUUGAUUGGUCAGUGUGUGUAUCCUAAGCCUUGUGUGGUUUUUAACUAGUAUGAGUGGUGCAUAUAUAUAUAUAUAUAUAUAUAUAUAUAUAUAUAUAUAUAUAUAUAUAUAUAUAUUAUAUAAAUAUAAAUAUAAAUAAAAUGUGUUACAUUGUGGGUAUAGAUUGGUUUGUGGGUGUAGUAGUGGCGAAACUGCUGAACAACGUGGUGUCUGUGUAAUGCUUAAAAUGUCUAGUUUCUUUUUUGACUACAGGCCUUCAUGAAGACAAAUUUCCAUUAACAGAGAAACAUGUAUCCGAUAGCUAGAAAUAGAAUUAUUACAGGUAAAUGUUUUAUAUUUUAUGCAAUCACAGAAGCAUGGCAUAUCCUUUUAAAUUCUUUAUUACUGGCAGUGGCAUAGGAAAUAAAAUCUGUUGUUUGAACCUCAGCAGAAAAGUGAACUGCUGACAUAUCACCAUACAUCAGUCUUCUUUCACUCAUCUAACGCACAACCAUUUAACAAUAUUCAUGAUGGUUUUAUAGCAAACUAUGUUCACUGUAGCUUCAAAUGAUCUAAAUUUACAUAUAGAUAAAUGUCAAACAUACUGAAAUGUAUAUUUGUUUAGAAAUGUCAGCUAGAUAUAAUCGGUAUGUGUGCUUAUACAGUUCUGAAAUAAGCCAUGAUGGAUGCACCAUAAAAUUAUAUUUAUUUUUGUGUCAUUGGAUGUGGUUGUAGUGAUGUACCAAAAAUGUUGUUAUAAUCCUGUUACAAUAUUAAGAACUCUCUGGAAUUCCAGUUGUAUUUGGAGCAUAUGAUCAAAUGUAGUUCAUACAAUAUUCUAGUGAGAUAAUGUUUUUUGUUGUUUUGUGAAGUGUUUCUGUGGAUGAAUGGAACAUACUUCGCAGUGAUUCUUUUGUCUUUCCAUUUGAACGGUGUUGUAUCAUUUUUUUUUUGGAAAAAAAAAACAUGCUCUUAUUGUCCCUAGAGUGGCAAGCAGACAUCUCUACUACUGUACGGUUACCAUUCAUGCUCAAUACUUGGGCUGAUGCACCAAACACCUGGCUUCUUUUAACUAUGGUUUUGGACAUUAUGUAAAUAUAACGUUUAAUUAAUAAUUAUAAUGAAUGUUUUCAGAUACAAGACCCAUAUGAUAUAAAUGUAAUGUUAAAUGCCCAAUAGCAAUGUGGACCUGUAUAACAAUGGUAAAAUGUUGGCUUGGGGUGUUCAUUAGCGGUUUUUAGCGUAAAUGCAGAUCAUAGAAUUAGGUUAAGAAUGGCACAAAAUGUCUUGACUCCAGCACUCCUGUUUCAAUACUGAAGUAUGUUAAGAAGUGAGCACAUUCUGAACCACCUUGCAUUCAGAAUCAUCCUUUGUGAAUGUACUGUAAGUAAUCACAGUAUGUAACGAACCUCUGACUAAUAAAGUUAUAGCACAA